AUGAAUAGCCAAGAUCAUGAGCAAAGUCCACCCGAAAGCCCCAAAUGGCUUGCACAUAUCAGCACUAGGAUAGAGGAGGAAAAGGAAGAGGCAUUCCCCCAAGGCCACUACUACGAGAUCGUCCGCGAUAUGCUAUUGCAAUCUGACGUUUCACACAAAGCUGUCUCCCAAGCCAUUGGAAGGUUUUACAGUCAUUACAUCGCUGGGUUCUUUGAAGAGAAUUUCGGUGGGAGAAAACCUCCAGAGUACCAAGCUGGUAAUGAAUUGAACGGUAUCGCAGUCAUUGUAUUUGAGAUAGUCGUGGAAAUACCCUUCACGGAUCCCAAACAAGACGUCCUAUCCAGAUUCUUGAUUGGCAUAGCGAAGAAUGCGGCAGAAACGUUUGACGAAAAGGACCCCAAAUUCGUCUGUUACGACUGGGCUAUUCAGGCUGCCGCAGUAGAUAGGUGGAAUGCCUGCUCUCUGAAUGCAGGGCCUCUGGACUACCAAGGACCAGGUGUAACAGAGGCAAUAAACACAUGGAUCAGCACAGCAGCUCUUAUAGCCAAGUUAUUCCAAGCAAAUCUACUUGGCGAGUACGGACCGCUCUGGGUUUCUGCCGACCUCAAGAAAGCCUUUGAGGCGCAGAUGGACCGCGACUCCAUCGAACUGCCUCUCAAACAGGCAAAGAUACUAGCCGCUGCCAAUUACAUACUCCUCUCUGGUGAAACGUUCGCAAAUGAGGCCAAGGAUUCUUCUAAGAAGAGGAGCUAUGUACUCAAUGCGUCGAAAUGGAAACUUUGGGCAACGGCGCUUCAGGAGAUCGCGGACAAGGUCGGUGAGGAUGCAGAAUUUGAUCUCAAGCAUAAGGCUCAGGAGGCUCAUGACAGGAUGGUGGAGUUGUACCGAGAGGCAUUUGAAGAAGGGUAG